AUGAAGCCUCUGAAGCUGUUCUGCAUAGGACUGUUGUUGUGCCCCAUGGUUUGUCUCUUGUUAGAGACAGCUACUCCUUCAGCUUUACUUACCUUUGAAGUGAAAGAAAAAGCAGGAUUGAAAUCAGGUGCAAUAAGUGCUAUUAGGAUGAAUGCUUCCAACAUCAAAAGACAGAAGAUUCAAGUCUCAGGACUCCAGAGAUCUUGGAUGAGCAAGUUAAAAAAUCAUCUGUCAGAUUUCUUCAAGAGCUCCAUACCUCCAGCAGCCAUUCUUGCUUUUUUUGUCACCGUAGUAAUAAUGGGGAUCCUCUGCUGCCUCACCUUUUUUGUAGGUGAACCAGUCCACUGAAGAACUGAAAGACUUAUGGGGAAAGUGUAGUAUCGGACUCAAUAAAUUCCAAGAGCUGGAGAAUAUGCUAUGUUCUUAA